AUUUCCUUAAUAAUGCCCAUAUGCAGUAAUAUUUUGUACUUAUUUAAUUUUAUUUUCCUCUAUUCAGAAAUCAGGCCACAAUGAUUAUUAUAAGAGAAGGCGUCUGUCGGGUUGGGAAGAACUACCAAGAUGGAAGUUCUGCAAUCGAUUACUAGCAAUUUAAAUGCCAGCGCACUCAUACCCCAAGCAGAGGUGCAAGGUGCAGAUCUAUACGCUGGACAGGACCUCAGCGGCUUGAACUUGCUUGAGAAAGCUUGGGUGAACUGGUACAUCUGGUGGGGAAACCCUGUUAUAGCGACGGGUGUUAUGAGUUUCCUGAUGCACGAAGUCGUUUACUUCGGACGCUCAAUCCCAUGGAUCAUUAUCGAUCAUAUUCCCUACUUUAGACAGUGGAAGUUACAGCCACACAAGAUACCAUCAGAUUGGGAUCAAUGGCGCUGCACUUACCUCGUUUUGUUGCAGCAUUUUACCAUCGAAUUGCCACAAAUCUGGGGUUUCCAUCCGUUAGCGGAGUAUUUCGGUAUGCUUACCUACCAAGUACCAUUCCCAUCAGUCUGGCAGAUGGCUAAACAGAUCGCUAUCUUUUUUGUUUUCGAGGAUACCUGGCACUUUGUCUUCCAUAGAGCGUUACACUGGGGACCACUUUACAAGCGCAUACACAAGCAACACCACGAGUUUAGUGCGCCAUUUGGAUUAGCAGCUGAAUACGCACACCCUAUCGAAGUUGGUCUCACUGGUUUCGGUACCGUUGGUGCACCUAUCCUCUACGCAGCCUUCUUAGGUGAAAUCCACAUUGUCGGGGUUUACCUAUGGAUCACUUGUCGUUUAUUCCAAGCUAUUGACUCACACUCGGGCUACCACUUCCCAUGGUCACUUAACAACUUCCUUCCUUUCUGGGCAGGUGCUGAGCAUCACGACUACCACCACGAGAAGUUCACAGAGUGCUACUCAAGUAGUUUCAGACACUGGGAUUGGCUCUUCGGAACCGACAAAAAGUACCACGCCUACAGAGCGAAGCAAGCAGCUCAAAAGAAGGCUAAGAAAGCCCAAUAGUUCUGUAUUUAAAUUUUAGGGAUAUUGUAUAGAUCAUAAACAGUUUUAAUAUUUGCAUUUAUUUAUCUU